ACGGGAUGUGGGGUGGGGGCGGGACCUGGCCGGGCGCCGGGACGGGAGGAGUCCCGGCGGCGCCUCGGACUUUUGCUCCCACAAGCCCUGCCUCGGAGGCAGGGGAGCUGGACCAGGAGCCGCCCGGAGCGUCCGAGUCGCCGCCGCCGGGGCUCCCGCGCUCCCCAGAACGGUGGGACGCGGGGCUCGGCAGCCGCCCGCCGAACAUGGCGCCCUGGACGCUGUGGCGCUGCUGCCAGCGCGUCGUGGGCUGGGUGCCGGUGCUCUUCAUCACCUUCGUGGUCGUCUGGUCCUACUACGCGUACGUGGUGGAGCUCUGCGUGUUUACUAUUUUUGGAAAUGAAGAAAAUGGAAAGACCGUUGUUUACCUUGUGGCUUUCCAUCUGUUCUUUGUUAUGUUUGUAUGGUCCUAUUGGAUGACAAUUUUCACAUCUCCCGCUUCCCCCUCCAAAGAGUUCUACUUGUCCAAUUCUGAAAAGGAACGUUAUGAAAAAGAAUUCAGCCAAGAAAGACAACAAGAAAUUUUGAGAAGAGCAGCAAGAGCUUUACCUAUCUAUACUACAUCAGCUUCAAAAACGAUCAGAUAUUGUGAAAAAUGUCAGCUGAUUAAACCUGAUCGGGCACAUCACUGCUCAGCAUGUGACUCAUGUGUUCUUAAGAUGGAUCAUCACUGUCCUUGGGUGAAUAACUGUGUGGGAUUUUCUAAUUACAAAUUCUUCCUGCUGUUUUUAUUGUAUUCCCUAUUAUAUUGCCUUUUCGUGGCGGCAACAGUUUUAGAGUACUUCAUAAAAUUUUGGACGAAUGAACUGACAGAUACACGUGCAAAAUUCCACGUACUUUUUCUUUUCUUUGUGUCUGCAAUGUUCUUCAUCAGCGUCCUCUCACUUUUCAGCUACCACUGCUGGCUAGUUGGAAAAAAUAGGACAACAAUAGAAUCAUUCCGUGCACCCACGUUUUCAUACGGGCCUGAUGGAAAUGGUUUCUCUCUGGGAUACAGUAAAAAUUGGAGGCAAGUCUUUGGUGAUGAAAAGAAGUAUUGGCUACUUCCAAUAUUUUCAAGCUUGGGUGAUGGUUGCAGUUUUCCAACUCGCCUUGUGGGGAUGGAUCCAGAACAAGCUUCUGUUACAAACCAGAAUGAGUACGCCAGAAGUAGUGGCUCAAAUCAGCCUUUUCCUAUCAAACCACUUAGUGAAUCAAAAAACCGUUUGUUGGACAGUGAAUCUCAGUGGCUGGAGAAUGGAGCUGAAGAAGGCAUCGUCAAAUCAGGGACAAAUAACCAUGUAACAGUGGCAAUAGAAAAUUGAGUACCACUUGUUCAUAACUAACCAUUUGAAUAAGAGCAAGGUGUAUGAAAACAUUAUAGACUGAUAUUUUCAAUUUUCAUGUGCAAGAAAAUGAUCAAUGGAAUGAAAUAAUUGAAGUAUAACAGAAGAUAUAUUUUUAAAAAAGAAAGCCUUUGUACAGUUCCUGGGAUCCACAGAAGCACUACUCCAGAGCAGAACGAUGCCUUAAUCUUCAGUGUCCAUUUGUGCAGCAUUGACUUAGAGCUACAAAAGUGACUUAAUAUUAUUCUGGAAAUAAUACUUACCUGUUAUGAGAUGCUAUAAUACGAGCUGUCAUCACAUUUUAACAUGCAUAUGUAUUUUUUGAUACCUGAAUUACAUUAUUAGAAUUAGUAUCCAUAUACAUUUUCACUCUAAAAACACAAGCUUGAAAACUUGAAAGUGAAGUACAUCUCGGACAAAUGGUGGCUGAAAGUGAAUGAUAUUCCAAUUACUGUUGCUUGUACUAUAUAAGGAAAAUGCUUUUUUAAAUUGGGUAUUUGCUAAUUUAUAAUUGCUAUUUUAUACUUUUCAACAUUUUUAAUAACUUUUAUUGUUGGCUAUAACAGAAGGAUUCAGAUAUCUAAAUGUCAUUUAGAACAUAGAACACAUUGGUCUAAUUCAUCGAAAGCUUAGUUAUAAGCAUUAAUACAACCAUGUAGUGGAACAAGUGCCCAAGGCUUAAAGGGAACUCGGCAGGAUAAGAACUAUUUUGGGUUCUCUCUGCUAUUUUAUCACUUUUGUUGUUGAACUUUCAGGGGUAUGUACAUGGGCAGAGAAACACAAAGGUACAUGUGCUGGAGAAAUACUGCACACAGUAGGAAGAAGUAUAAGUGUCCAGAAGAAAAGCUAAGAGGAAUAUUGUAAUCUGUUAAAAAAAGAAUAGUUUGAGUUUUACCAGUAGUUAGAAUAAAGCAUGCUAUUGACUUGACUUUCAAAUUUCAGGGUAGGUAAUGACUAAAAAUUAUUUUGAAACUUUUUUACAGUAAUACUGUAACAGCUUAAAACAGUGACUUAAAAUGCAAUUCAAACUAGGCAAAAAAACUUUAGAAUAAGUUUUCCUCCUGGCUCUCAGUUGGAAAGUCUAACCUGAGUGGUCAUUUUACAUUCCCAGUCUCUGAGAAGUGGAUUCUACUCUUAGAUGCACAGUCUCAAGUCUGACUUUCUAACAGCAACCCCUUUAUGCCUAGAAACAUUUCUCCUUUUUCCUUUUAAAUCUAAUCUAAGCGACAGGAGUUGUUGCGUUAACUCCAAAGAAAAGUACAGAAUAAACAAUGUCGAAAUGUUACUCCUCAUUUACACCUUUUAGUCAGACACACACCCCCCGCCCCCCCGCAAAAUAAUCGAUUGCUUCCAGUUGGUGGGUGGAGAUGAAUCUCAGCAGCAUCUGUGAGUACUGCAGGUUGGAGUUUCCUGUCUAUAAAAUGGGACUGCAGGGGAGGGGGUGUUGUGGACGAGUUGGACUGGAUGACUUCUAACAUUCUGCGAUGCCUAAUUUUGCAAAAUCACCUUUCAUUCACCCAGUACAUUUUUUUCUUCUUUUUUCCAGGCAGUCUUGCUCUGUCUCUCAGGCGGGAGUGCAGUGGUGGGAUCUUGGCUCGCUGCAACCUCCACCUCCUGGGUUCAAUAGAGUCUCCUGCCUCAGCCUCUCAAGUAGCUGGGAUUACAGGCUCACGCCACCAGGCCCGGCUAAUUUUUACAUUUUUAGAAGAGACAAGGUUUUACCAUGUUGACCAGGCUGGUCACGAACUCCUGACCUCAGAUAAUCCACCCGCCUCAGCUUCCCAGAGUGCUGGGAUUACAGGCGUGAGCCACCGCGCCCGGCCCCAGUAAAUUUUUUGGAGUACCUUCUAUAUGCUCAACAAUACACUAGGAAUAGCUCUAUCAUUUCCUAGUACAGCAUAAAUUUUAUGGUUGCUACUGUAGGUUUAGAAUUUGUUGUUUAUAAUUUGGUCUAAUUUCCAUCAGCCAUACUAAUACUAGGUUUUAAAAGGAGGCAACUUUUUUUCUCUUUGGACCAAAGGAAUGAGUUAGCUUUGAAAACACAGUUUGGAAUACUGUAGUAUGGAUUCUUCUACCUUUGUUUCAACUCCUUAGUCUUAAUAAUCUCGAUUCUAGCAAACUGGAAUGAGAGUUAGAGAUAUCAAUUAUUGCUGGGCAUGGUGGCUCAUGCCUAUAAUCCCAGCACUUUGGGAGGCCGAGGCUGGCGGAUCACCCGAGGUCAGGGGUUCGAGAUUAGCCUGGUCAAAAUGGCAAAACCCUCUCUCUACUAAAAAUAAAAGUUAAAAAAACCCAAAAACUGUCCAGGCAUGGUGGCACACUCCUGUAUUCCCAGCUACUUGGGAGGUGGAGGCAAGAGAAUCACUUGAACCCAGGAGGUAGAGGUUGCAGUGAGCCGGGAGUCUGGUGCACUCCAGUCUGGGUGACAAGAGUGAAACUCCAUCUCAAAAAUAUAUAUAUAUCAACUACCAACUAAAAACGUAACUUCCCAGUUUGGCAGUUUGCAUAUUAUAAGGAGAUAAAUGUUUAAACAUACUUGACUACUUUCAGAAAUGUUCUCCUGGUACUUUUUGUGAGUAUUUCUACAUUCAGAUCAAAAGAUUUGCAUGUACCUGGCUAACGCCAAGGAAACUUUAUUUUCUUCUUCACUAUUAUGCACUUUCAUGGUAGUAUAGUGUUUCUCAGUUCUUUUAAUUUUUGUUAUUUAACAUCUUAUAAUAGCACAGCAAACAUCUUUUCAGAAAUUUUCAGUUAAAGCCUUUGAAUUAUUUAUCUUGGGUUUAAUUUACAGCCAGCAUUUUGCCACAUUCUAAAUAAUAUUUAGCUGAACUGAUUCAUACGUAUUAAUGGCCAUUCUAGCAAAGGCCUACAAGUGGUGUGGGAAUCAGGGAAAGGCUGCCUCUUUGGUAUUUCAACUGGUAUUGAUUAUUGUUAUCAACUAUUUGGGGAGAAAAAAUCAAAAUGAAGCCCUGUCAAAUUUUAUAAGUACUAUCUUUGGUCCUUCAAACACUUGAACAUUUGUGAUGACACCUUAAGAAAAAUGAAGUUCAGGGCUUACCAUUGCCAUUAAAAACAAAUUAGGAGACGUGGUUUACCUGGGAACAAAUUUACUUAAAUAUUCAGUACCUAAAACCAUGCCAAACCAAAGAGCAGCUGCAGUACAUUAGUUAUUUUAAAUGAACAAGUUUACAAAGUUUAUUUUCAUCUAUACGUGAGGAUGAUUUUUUAAAAACUUUUUACAUAUUAGUGGUUAUGAUCCAAUGUGUCAUGAGUGAAUUUAACUGUAAGGUGAUUUAAAUCAAAUAUGCAAUGUUUACUUGAAUUGUAUUUCUAUUAGCAGAUUUUGACUAUGUUUACAGGACUGUUUAAAUUAAGGAUUAUCAGGCAUGUGAGAUCUCCUUUCAGUUAUCUUUAAAACAGAUGUAUAUUAAGGGCUUAGAGUUAGGAUCUACAUAUUCUGGGCAUUGAAUAGGCAGUAACUUACAAAUAAGUUUUGCUUACCUUUUGUUCUAGGGACUAGCACUGCUAUCAAUGGAAUGUAUUUUUAACUAAUCUGUUAUUAAGAAAGUCAUAUUUUUGCAUUUCAGCCAAAAUAAAGACCAUCUCUGAUAAUCUGUUAGAAACAGAUAAUACAUGUCUGAAAUCCAUAUGUUUCAUAUGAUCUAAACUGUAUUUUCUGAUUUAAAUUAAAAUGUAAUAUAGAUUCAGAAAGGUUCAUAUUUUUCUAAUGACUUCAUUCUAUAUUAUUUUGUUAGGUUGCAUAAAGAAGCAAGGAAUUGCACUUGUAUUAAAAGAUGAAGAAAGCUAUUAGGUAUAUUUGUACAUGACUGCAAAUGAGUCUAUGCCUGUUUAAAAGAAAAGAUGGACACUAUUUUAAAGUGAGCUUUAAUAUGCUUUUAUAUAAACAGAUUGGAAGUACAGUUUAGUUUGGUUGUGUUUACCUAACAAGUACCAUAAGCCGUGUAUUUGUUCUUACUUGUAUAAUCCUAGCCUGUGACUUAAUGUUGACGCUUUGCUUUGUCUUUUGGCUGGCCUAACCUACAUUGACAUGUACGCAGAACAUUUUACAACUCUUUUUUUUCAAAAGUCAUAAUGAAUUACUUUAUUAAUAAACAAAUAAAGUCUUGUAUUUGAA